AUGCUUUCCGAACAAACUUCGCCCGCGAUACCUCGUAUUCACGCCUUGACUAAUCAUAAACAUAUCGUUCCUAUGAGAACUCACAUGCGCGUUGGUUUUAUUUCACGAGCGGAAGCGGGCAAAAUUUUAGCUAGAUUGUUAAAAUAUUAUGAUAAUAUGCCAAACACCAUUGUCCUUUCUAUCAAUUCUGCGCCUUUACCUCUGGCAAAUGAAAUCGCUGUAAAAUUAAACCUACCAUUAGAUUUGUUCCUUAUUAGGACCCUUAAGGUUGAUGGAUGGACAGUUGGCGCUGUAACCGACAGAACAGCGGAACCAUUAUUAAAGGAUCAAAUUAUUAGGGGUUGUGAUAUCUCACAAGGAACACUCGAUCAAAUAAUUAGGCAAGAGCGUUCUCAACUUGACAUGCAAAGAGUAUUGUUUCAACCACCAAACAUUCCGCUCUCAACCUCGGAGGAUGCUACGAUUUUGCUCGCCACUGAUGGCGUUCAAACCGGUCAAAACGCCAGGGCCGCCAUCACUCUAUUGAGAAAAAUGGGAUAUAAGGGAAAAAUAGUUUUGGUUGCUGGUGUUAUUGGAUCUGAUGCUCAGAAAAUGUUUAAAAGGGAGGCUGACGAUGUUAUAGCUGUAAAAGGACCACAAAAUGUUGGUACUGUUGGUAUGUAA